AUGAGCGAGGAGCACGAGUACGCCCAGGCGCAGACCGUCCGCCGCCCCGGCGACGUCUACCCCUCCUCCGCCGCCGACCGCCACAGCGCUCUCUCUGCCGCCGCCGCGGCGUCGCCUCACGAUGGCGCCCUCCAUGUCACCCAGGCCGACCUCCCCGCCGGCAAGCGCCUCGUCACCGCCACCGCCGCCGGACAGGUGAUGGCUCAGUUCACCCUGCCGGUGCCGGGCACAGAGGUGGCGGAGGAGACCGACGCGGUCACCAUCGGCGAGGCGCUGGAGGCGGCGGCCUCGGCGGGAGGCAGGCCCGUCGACCUUGCCGACGCGGCGGCGCUGCAGGCCGCCGAGACGCGCGCCACUGGGAUGCCCGGGCCCGUCCCCGGCGGCGUGGCGGCCACGGCGCAGCAGGCCGCCGCGGCGAACAUGAGGCGCCCCCAUGACGACCACGGCGGGGGGGACAGGAACGCCACCACGCUCAGCGACGUGGUCGGCAGCGCCGAGGCGGCGCUCCCGGCCGACAAGGUGGCCACCAGGGAGGACGCCGACAGGGUGGCGGCCACCGCAGCGUGGAACGCCAGGAGGCACGGCGGCGGCGGCGGCGGCGGGAAGGGCGUCGCCGAGGCGGUGGCCGCCGCGGCCGAGAUGAACGAGGGCAGGAUGCCUUAAUUAGUUUAAUGUGUCGCACCAUCUACGUACAAGUUCGUAUGCGUAUACGUACAGUAAUGUGGUACAUGUGCCGUGCGCGUAUUUUUCACCCGUAUUUGUACUUUAUAUGUGCGUGUGGUGUAUUUUUACUAGUAGUACUAUAUUCUAGUUUUAGAAAUAGUAUGUGUACUUAAAAAAUAUU